UUGUUAGGCGCCGAGUCGCCAGUGUCGCCACGCGCUCCAAUGGAGUGACUUCAUUCGCUUUAAGAUAAAAAGUGAAGAGUUUCACUCUUGAGAGUCUGAACUGCUUCUAACGUGAUUGCGGGCAAAUUUAUUAAAUCUACCUUUUUCAAUUCUCGUCUACGUCUUACGCCGGGCCUCUCCGGGACCUGGGGCUUUUUCAAAUCUUCCGACAUUUUCGCAGCGUUGUUCAAUUUCAAAUCGGAAUUGUAGAAAAGUGCUCGCAGCGCCAAAAUGCCCAACCCUGCAUGUAUUAUUGUGCUUGGAAUGGCUGGUGCUGGAAAAACGUCAUUUGUUUCCAAGCUUAUUUCCAAAUUACAAAAUACAGGAAAACCAUACGUCAUUAAUUUAGAUCCUGCUUGCAAAGAGACUCCAUAUUCUGCUAAUAUUGAUAUAAGGGAUACUGUAAAUUACAAAGAAGUAAUGAAACAAUAUAAUUUAGGUCCAAAUGGCAGCAUAGUUACAAGUUUAAAUCUCUUUACCACAAAAUUUGGGCAGGUCAUCGAACUUAUUAGAAAAGCUAGUAAAGAACAUAGUUAUGUGAUUUUUGACACACCGGGUCAAAUUGAAGUCUUUACAUGGUCGGCCAGUGGCUCCAUUAUAACUGAAGCAUUAGCAUCCGAAUUUCCUACUAUCAUUAUAUACACCGUGGAUACUGUGAGAAGCGUCAGUCCUGCUACGUUCAUGUCUAACAUGCUCUAUGCUUGCUCUAUACUAUAUAAAACUAAAUUGCCAUUUAUUAUAGUCAUGAAUAAGAUCGAUGUCGUAGAACAUAAUUAUGCAAUUGAGUGGAUGCACGAUUUUAUGGCUUUUCAAGAUGCACUUGAGAAUAUGGAGAACGAUUACACUUAUAGCCUAAUAUGCAGCAUGUCACUUGCACUCGAUGAAUUUUACAGUCAUCUGAAGUGUUGUGGCGUUUCUUCGGUAACUGGUGACGGAUUUGAUGAGUGUUUAAAGCUAGUAGAAACUGCUGUAGACGAGUAUGAAAGGAGUUACAAGCAUAAUUGGGAAAGAGUAAGGAUGGAGAAAGAAGCUCAGCGAGAGAAAUUAGCAAAGGAACAAUUAGAGAAGGCUAGUAAGGAAACAAUGGGAGAACUCGUAUCUUUCACGACAACGGCUGACAAUCCUAGAAUCCCAGAUAUUUAUCUGAAACACGCGUGCAAUGAGUCAAGUGAAGACGAAGAGGGAGAAGAAAAUGAUCCUAAGGAAGAUAAUGAGGAAAAGGAGGCAGACUCGUUUAGAACUUUCUUCGAGAAACAUAAAAUGGAGAAAAAUAGACAGAGCAACAAUUUAAAAGAGUCUGGACAUAAUACAAAUAAAACUGAUUAAUAACCAGUUUUAUACAAUGAUGGUGAUUCCUUGGUUGACGAAUAAUUUGUUUCUGUUGAAUGCAAUCAAGUAAACUUUGGCACAAAAAUCGAAUCAAACUUUUCGACUGAUCCAGUAUUAUGACUGUUAUAAUAAACUGAUAUAAAUUUA